AUGACAUAUAAUAAGAGUCGUUUCAGCUAUGUGCUAAUGGAAUUAGUGGAGACGGAAAAGGAUUAUGUGAGAGAUCUGUCGUCAGUGGUGGACGGCUACAUAGCGAAUCUUGAGAAAAUGGAAUUACCAGCGGAUCUUGUUGGAAAGGACAAAAUCAUAUUCGCAAAUAUCGCACAGAUUCUGGAGUUUCAUAAAAACAGUUUUUUGAAGGAAAUUGAAAAGUGCCUUGAUAACUACGAAGUCGCUGGAAGUGCCUUUGUCAAAUUUAAGGGAAGACUGGAGACGAUGUACGUACGAUAUUGCCAGAACAAGCCAAAAUCUGACUAUCUCGUUUCUCAGGAGGACUUUGAAAGGUUCUUCGCUGAAACGAAGGCGAAACUAGGACAUAAAGUGGCAUUGAGCGAUCUUCUUAUCAAGCCCGUGCAACGUAUCAUGAAGUAUCAACUACUACUCAAGGAUAUUCUGAAGUUUACCGAGAGAGCCAAAGACAAAACAGACACGUUGAAGAAAGCGCUUGUGGUGAUGCAUGUGGUACCGAAAGCGUGCGAUGAUAUGAUGCAAGUAGGACGACUUCAGAACUUCGAUGGAAGUUUGAAUGCUCAAGGAAAACUUCUCUAUCAAGGUACUCUUCCGAUCUCGGACAGUCAAGGUGGCACAUCGCAGAAAGCAAAAGACCGUCGUAUUUUCCUCUUCGAACAAUCAGUAAUUAUUGCUGAUCAUAUACCACCGAAAAAGGAAUUUGGCAAUCCGAUCUACAUUUUCAAAAAUCAGAUUAUGGUGAACAAGAUGCUGUUUGAGCCAUCUGUUCAAGAUGAUCCACUGAAAUUUAUCAUUCGCAGUUCGGAUCCGGCUCAGCCGACAGCGUUCAUUGCCACUGCACAAACUCAGGAAGAGAAGAAUGAAUGGGUACGGUACAUUAGUGAACAACUCGACCAACAGAAACGUAUGCUGGCCGCAUUAGUGGACCCGAGGCGAUUCAUGGGUGGAGCGACGGAUGACCUAAGCGGUUCGAUGGCCGGUAUGGGACUAGGAAGUGACGGCAAGAAGUCACCAGGAAGUGCUGGAAGUGCAGGCGGAGCAGCUACGGGGUCGUCACGACACAAUGCCAAUACCGGUUCAUCGAAAAGCUCAAAGCCGGAGUCACCUAAGAAGGAAAGCAAAGGCACAAAGCUGUUCGGUUUCGGCAAGAAAGCGUCCGCUAAAUCACCCACCUCACCGCCACCGGUAGGCAAAUUGAAGUAG